AUGGACUCCCCUUUAAAAGAUAUGACUGGAACGAUUGUCAAUAAGCAAUAUAAGCUCAUUAAGAAAUUAGGAGCUGGUGCUUUUGGCGAAAUUUAUUCUUCGUAAUCAAAUGGAUUAGAAUAUGCUAUUAAAAUAGAGAAAUCUGAUUCAAAACAUCCAUAGUUAGAAUUCGAAUCAAAACUAUAUCACUAUUUGAAUAAUCAUAAUGGAUAAGGAAUUCCUAAAUAUUAUGGCUAUCAUUAGCAAGAUGGUUAUAACUUUUUAGUUAUGGAGUUACUUGGCCAAUCACUUGAGGAUGUUUUUUCUGAAAACAAUCGUAUAUUUACGUUGCAAACAGUUUGUGUCUUGGGAAUUCAAAUGUUGGAAUGCAUAGAGUUUCUACAUAGCAAAUAAUUCAUUCAUAGAGACAUUAAACCAGAUAAUUUUUUGAUGGGCAAAUCCUAAAAAGAUAGAGUGUAUCUGGUAGACUAUGGAUUAGCUAAGAGGUAUAUUUCAAAGGAUCUUCACAUUCCUUACAAAGAUAAUAAAGCCUUAACUGGAACUGCCAGAUAUGCUUCUAUCAAUACACAUCUUGGAAUAGAGUAAUCAAGAAGAGAUGAUUUAGAAUCUUUAGCCUAUGUGUUAAUGUAUUUUUUAAGAGGGUCACUCCCUUGGCAAAAUUUAAGAGCAAAUAAUCAAAAAGAAAAAUACGAUAGAAUCAUGGAAAAAAAAUUAGCUACAUCUUCAGAAACAUUAUGCAAGAAUUACCCGUAAUAAUUAUUAUAAUUCGUUGAUUAUACAAAGAAUUUAAAAUUUGAUGAGAAACCAGAUUAUUAAUUCAUUAAAAAUCUCUUUAUUUAAAUUAUGCAAGAAAAUGAAUUAAGAAUGGAAUACAUUUAUGACUGGGAUGAUGAAGAUACAUAAAGAGAUAAAAUUUAAAUUAGAAAUGAGGAGAAAACCAAUUUACUAAAAAUGAAUAAAUAAACCAGCAAUACCUAAUAACGAAUAAAUAAGCAUUAAGAAAAUAAAAAUAUCAAUAGCAAUAGUAUUUAUAUGAGAAAUUGUAGCAAUGUGAAUAAUAAAUACAGUAUUGGUAGAACAAAAACCAAUUCUAUUGGAUCAAUUAAUAAAAUUGUUGUCACUAAAACGAAAUAAAUUACUAAUAAUACAAUUAAUAGUUUGACUAAUCAAAACACAUUGCCAAAUAAUAAUAAUAAUAAUAAUAAUAAAUUACAUCAAAACUUAGCGAAAUAGAUUAUAAAGAAGCAUUCUAGUUUGCAUUACUAAUGA